AACAACAACAACAAAAAAUCACCGUCCAACAUGGAUUCCGAUUCAGACAAUGAGCAUACGGUGCUAUGCGAAAAAAUCAUCAAUGACAUGCAUACGGUUUUCCUCAAGGACACUGAAUUAUCCUCCUUUGAAAUAAUUCCCACAGUGUUGAAUCGCAACAAAUCCCCUGUAAUACAUGUGGAACACAAUCUGGGCCUGGAGUCGUGGUGUGCCAAACAUGUCUAUGAUCAUGCUCAUCGUAUGCUGAUGGGUUAUAAAAAACAAACUGUACAGCGUUAUGUCCAACAAAGUGAUAAUCUCUUGAAGUACCUGAAUGUGGCGCUGCUCAUUAACCCUGAUGUCACGGCAUUUUGGCACAUCCGACGGCAGCUGGUGCAAAAGAAUCGCCUAAAAAUGAAUCGGGAAUUGAAAUUCUCAACAUUGGUGCUGAGCAAAAAACCCAAAUCGAAUGAGGCCUUUGCCUACCGGAGGUGGCUGUAUUCAUUUCAGAGUAACGAUGCCAUUGACUGGCACCAUGAAAUUGGCAUCUGUGAACGCUGUGCCGAUCGCAGUUCCAGCAAUUACCACGCCUGGUCUCACCGCCAAUGGGUGCUGCACAAUGCACCCAUGCUGAUAAGAGCCGAAAUAAUGCGCUCCGAAAAAUUCAUGCGCAAACACAUUAGUGACUACAGCAGCUAUCAUUAUCGCCAAAUAUUGAUAACCUUUGCCUAUCAAAUGUCCUACUAUGACACCGAGGCACUACAACAAUUACGUGAUCUAAAAGAACUAAUUAAUUACUAUUUAAUUGCUGAUGUCCAGUGUCCGGCACAAAUAUUAAGCAUAAUGCUGCCAGAUGUUGAUCAGGCGGCCAUAGGAGAGGCUCGUCUCAAAUCAUUUCUUUAUUGUUGUAAUUUGGCGGCGCAUGAUAUGCGUUUGUGUGAUGAACAAAAGAAUAUGUACGGUGAGCGAGAAUCAUUUGAGCUGCAUCGUCGUGCUUCAUUAAAAUUUAUUGUUGAACAAUGUGUCCGUCUGUUGAGUGGAGAUUUAAUGGGUAUAUAUUCACCACCUACCACUCCUGUGCAGCAGCAACAAUUCAAUACGCAUUUAAGAAAAUUCGAUUAUAAUUCAUAUGAAUUUUUGAGGGCCCUGAAGAAGUCGGAAAGCCUGUUGGGUUCGAAGCAUCGAAAAUGGUGUUCAUUGUUUUUGGGUUUUGAUUAUGAAUCGGGUGCUGCUUAG